AUGGCUUUCUGGUCCGCGAAUGAAUCAGAGGAUUCGGCGGUGACAAAAACUGUUAAUUGUCAACCUUACACAAAAAGAAGAAAAUGCGAAAGUGAAGAGACUCCUGGUAAUAAAGGAGAAGAAGAGUCCGGUUCAUCAGAAUAUGAGGCCGAGAAAAAAAACAAAUUAUUGGAAGCAUUUUUAAAUCUUCAAAAAUCGAGAUAG